GCGAUGGAGCUCCCUGCGGUAGGAUGCGACAGUGAAGGCAAGGUGUUAGGAGCGGCGGUGACCAGUCAGAGGGAGAAGUCGACCUCCUCGAUCAUACCCCCUCCAGCGAAGUAUGGCGGCCGGCACACCGUGACGCUGAUCCCAGGCGACGGCAUCGGGCCCGAGCUGCUGAACCACGUCCGCGAGCUCUUCAGGUUCUGCUGUGUGCCUGUGGAUUUCGAGGUCGUCAAUGUGAACUCGUCUCUAACCGAGGAGGAUGACAUCAACAACGCCAUCACCGCCAUCCGCCGCAACGGGGUGGCGCUGAAGGGCAAUAUCGAGACCAACCACACUUUGCCUCCCUCCCACAAGUCCAGGAACAACCUGCUCCGGAACACCCUCUGCCUCUCUCCCAGCUUCAUUGCAGGCUUGCUGUGGAACAGUGUGUGUACUAACUCCUGCCUCUGUCUGCCUCUCUCCUCCCAGCUGGUCUCCAAGCCUCAGCAAUUUGAUGUCAUGGUGAUGCCCAAUCUCUAUGGCAACGUGGUGAGCAAUGUGUGCGCGGGGCUGGUGGGCGGACCAGGCCUGGUGCCGGGGGCCAACUACGGGCGCGACUACGCCGUCUUCGAAACGGCCACUAGGAACACAGGAAAGAGCAUCGCCAACAAGAACAUCGCCAACCCCACCGCCAUGCUGCUGGCCAGCUGCAUGAUGCUGGACCACCUGAACCUGCACACCUACGCAGCGAUGAUCCGAGGCGCCGUGCUCAAGACCAUGAACGAGACCCGGCUGCACACGGCGGAUAUCGGGGGUCAGGGCACGACCUUGGAGGUGGUCCAGUCCAUCAUGAGGCUGAUUCAGAGCAACGGACCACAGACCACCCUAGCCUACUGAGUCCGCAGGAGGAGGGCUCUUCGACAGCAGUCUUCGGAAGACCCCGUCGCCCACAGCGUGUGUCUGUUUCUCCUUGCUGCUCAAACCUGUUGUCUUCUAAAGUCGUCUCGGAGAGACGGGGCUGCUGGGGGGGUUUGGGGCUCCCCCUUCCCCCCCACUCCCCUGCUCUCCCGGGCCUGGCUGCAGGAAGCACUUUGCCGAUGAAAUCCUUCGCUUCCUGUACCCAGACGGACGCUCUUCCCCUGCGCUGGGACUUGUGGCCUGUUUGGCUCCGGGAGUUCUGCUCCUCCCAGGGCGGGUCGGGGAGCGUGUUGGUCCAGCCCCCGCCUCUCCCCGUCUCGGGCUGCAGGAGCGAAAGGAAUUCUCCGGGAGCCGGAGGAGGUUUCCGUGCGUGCCUGCCUGCCUGCCUGGAGCGCCGGGGAGAGCGGCCGGCUCUUCUUGGUUUCACUGCGGAGCGACGGCAAAUCCAGGGAGUCAGGAACUGCAUCCCGUGUGGCUGAAGGCACGCAAGAGGAGAGGGGUCUCCCGUGGUCCGGCGCUGGAGCUCCACUGCUCGGCCGUGUCGGCCCUCGUGUGUACCUGUGUACUGACCGACACGCUGGCAGGUCGGUCCUGUUAGGGGAUACUCCGAGACUUGUUUUCCAUUCCUUACUGCCUUGGUUCCCUGUCUGUUUUGCUCCUAUAAUGUUUCUGCUGCAGACGUUUGGAGACAAACAUCCCCAAGAACGUAUGAACCCCACAACAGAACAGACCACACCAGCUGGGAUGUGCUGUUCUGUUGAAUGUUCAUUUCUGUUUUCACAAAUACUGUAUGUGGCUGUUGAGAAGGGUUUUCCCCUGUUAGAUGUUCUGACCAUAUGCUUCUGUGCCAGAAUAAGAUAUUUAUUGUGGGUUUGUGUUCAUUAUGAAUGUUACUUCUCGCUGUUCCCUGUGCAUGCUUCACGAUUAAACAAGCCCUGCACUCUCCCGGCAAAGAGGAGAGUGGGCAAACCAUC